AAGAAUUUGAGAGAGAGAGCGCUAUGGAGGGAAGAGAGACCCAGACCAAAAGCGAAGGAGGCGAAGCUCUGAGAUCGCAUGCUGCAAUUCGCUGUGCAAAAGCCGCUCUUCUUCUUUCUUCGCUCAAAUCGCCGCCCAAUCGCAGCGUCGACACCGCAAUCGACAACGACGACAUUUUGGAGAAGGAGAUUCUCAGGAGAGAGAUCGGAGAUCUGAAAAUGGAGGUUGCGAGGGAGCGACUCCAGAACAAGAGGAUCAAGCUCUGCGGCUUGUUGGAGCUUCUUCUUCAGCUGGUGUUGCUCUUGGCCCUUUCCAUUUUCUUUUUCAUGCUCGCGUUCGAAAAUGGAGCUUAGUAGUUACUCUUUCCUCUGUGAAAUCGGAGUUGCAGUAGAAAAUAAGUAAAUAAUUCAUUAGCAACGCGACACCUUAUUAAUUAGUCCUAAUUUUCAUUAAUUUUCAUGAAUUUUUAUUAUCUUUUUGGUCUGUUGAUUUGGAUCGGUUGAGUUGGGCUGUAGUGAUCGAGCAAAUACUGCAGCUACAAUUUUUGUUGUGCUUGUGUGGUUUUAUUUUGGGCUUAAAAUCAGAUAAGGUCCAUAUGGUUUACUCCAUUC